AUGGGAACCGCAGAGGAUCACCAUCUUCCACGAGGAUAUCCAGCUGCAGAAAAAGUUGAUGUAUCUGACCAACCAGGACAAGACGAGACGAAGAACAAGAAGAAGAAUCCAAGGUUCUUCGAGUCAAAGCAGAAAGGAGACAGAGGCUUCAUUGAAGGAUGGUAA